AUGGCCCACGCGAUAUUAAAUUUAUUUGGGCUUCUCGUGUGUCGCCCAUGCCUUGCACUACUGCAAGGGCCUGGCGCACCCCACCAAUUCUAG